UUAAAAUAAAACUAUUUUUUAAAAGAGAAACAAAGAAAAUAAUAAACAUUGUAUUGGAAACUGAGUGUAAUAUGAAGAGUAGAAUAAGGCCUGAUAUCAUGGGAAAGUACAUGGUUUGACUGGUUACCUGCACUCCGAUGCCAACAUUGAAAAAUGCUGAGCAUUAUCUUAAUACCUGGUUUUGUGUCAGGUUACAGGCAAGACAAGGGCAAACUGAGAGACAUAAUUCUUGAAAUUGAAAAUUCUUCAUGUCUUCAUGUCGUGAGUCAGGCAUCAUGAAAAAUACAUAUAGAGUCAGAUUUACAUAUAUAGUUUUAAAAGGGGCAGGAGCAUCUAUAUACUGAAUGUUCACAGUGCAAGGCUCCUUCUGUCAGCUUGACUUCUUUAGAACAUCCUCUGAAAGCUAUUUAUGAAUAUGAAAGCAGACAGGAAGUCUCAGAAAAUCGCACAACGCUUGAGGUAAGUUUGAUUAGUGAGAGCGGUGAAUUGGCUUGCUCUUUCCUUACGUCUUCAAAGCCCUGAGAGAAUUUUUAAUCUCCAAAUGAACUACACAAAUAGUUCCUACGAAGCAUGUACUGUGGAGUCCCAGCCUGUCUCUAUCUCUGUGCUGAUUUGCCUGGUCCCUAUGCUUGGACUUCUCCUGAACAUCUUCAGCAUGUGGGUCUUCAAGUACCGCACCUCAGAGUGGAAGUCAGGAACGGUGCUCCAGUUCCACCUGGCCAUCAGCGAUCUCCUUUUAUGCCCUCUAGCACCCUUUUUAACAGUUUACUUUGCGCUGGGACGCUGGCUUUUUGGAAGUCUGAUAUGCCGAUUCAUGAUCAUUCUAUUGACCACCCACUUUUAUGGUAGUAUUUACUUUCUUACUCUCAUAAGUAUCCACCGUUAUGUGUCCGUAGUCUACCAUAGUCAGGAAUUCCGCAUGAAACAAAAGGACUUUGUAAAAAAGCUUUGCGUAGGAGUUUGGGUCGUGUUGCUGAUUCAAGGCGUGGUGUGUAGUUCUCUUCUGGACACAAGCAUAGUAGGGAAUCGCACACUAUGUCUCAGCAUUUACCAGGAAGAACAUACCGAGAAGUAUUUUGUUAUUAACUUCGCUCUCCUCUUGCCCGGGUUCCUGAUCCCAUUCAUAGUAUCGCUGGUUUGCUACAUCCGCUUGGCAAAGUCUGUGUCAGGCAUCAACCUCUGCCAUCACAAAGGCAGGCUCAUGAAGAGUAAGUCACGCAAAAUGGUGGCCAUUUGUUUGCUGAUUUUCGGACUGUGUUUUAUGCCUAUUAACGUGAUACGUACUGUAUUGGUGGUCCUCAAGAAGAUCAACUCCUCUGAACACUGCCAUCUGCUUUCAAAAGUGGAAACAUCAUACUACCUCUCCUGGAUACUGUCUUCAGCCAACUGCUGUCUUGAUCCACUGAUCUACUGCUUUGCGUCACAGAACUUCAUGGCAGCCUUUCGCAGCUCCCUGAGGAAAAUUGGAGUCAGGAUGCAAACAACCGAUAAGGACGUUGAGAAUGACAGCGCUCUGACCACACAAGUUGUCCCCACUCCUAGGACGAUUAAAAGAGGAAAUACGACCACCACCCAUUUUUAACUUCUCUCAGGUGGGACAGCAUGGGUUCUGCCUUAAAACUUUUGGUACACAAGUUUUACCUGAGAGUGUACCUUCAUGGCUUAAGGUACACCCAUGGGGCAUCAUUACUAAAAUGUUCAUAAAAUCAGGAUUGAUCUUAAAUUUUAAAUGUUGUGAUGUUAAAAGUGUGAUUUAUGAAACCUGUAAGUAAUGUGGAAUUGUUUAAACACAUCAGCUGAUUUUUUUCUUCUCAGGGGACUUUCAAUUGAGACAGUGUUACAGCCAAGAGUGAUUAAACAAAUAUGUGAUAUUAAAAGAAAAAAUGGAAAGACAAUCAAAUAAUUAAAAAGAAACAUGGGGGUGAGGUAAGAGGUAAAUAUAGGCAAAAAUUAACAAUGGUAGAUGAAUCAAGGAAGGUAGGAAGGAAAAGAGUGAGGAAUGGAGAAAGGAAGAAAGGAAUGAAGAAGGAAUGGUGAGAGAAAGGACAGAUGGUCGACAAAUAAACAGAUAUAUAUGAAAAUAAAUAUAGUUUUUCCAGAGCUCAGUCCUGUGCAGAUAACAUUAUGAUGAUUUAUGAAUUUUAAAUAGGCCACAUGAUUGGGGAUUUAAAAAAAAAAAAACAUUUAUUUAGACUUCUAGCUAUAGAGCAUUUUUUCAAAUACUAUAUGCAGCUUCUGGUUUACAUUUUUAAUAAUUAAUCAAUUCCCUAUCUGAGGUGAACGAAUUAUAAUGAAAGGACAAAAGACACACACUUCUGAGGACUGCAUGGAAUCAAGCAGUGACAGUUUUCCCCUAAAUGUUACUGAGGUAAAAAGUAUUUUGCUUUUCAUUAGAAAAGCCAGAUGCUAGCUAACAGAUGAAGCUGCCAUUAUUUUGUGAGGAAUAAAAGAGGAAAAUAUAACAGCAGAUUCUGAUUUAUAGAGCAGGAAUACUUGAAACCUAAGAGACAGUACAAAUUACUAAACCUUCAUUAUGAAAUGCAGUCCUUAUACUUUGGUAUGUGAAAAAACUUAAGCUAAGUAAGCUGAUAUCCAUCAGGAUGCUAACACAACCCUUUUUCCUAAUGUUUCUUUUACAAAGUUUAUUUUUAAAAUCACUGUAUUGAUUAAUUGUGGUAUUUUGUAUAUAUUUUACUUUCAUAUAUGUA